AUGGCAGCUGGAUUCCUCAGAGCAAGCAAGGGAGAGAGUGAAAGAGGGAUCCGAGGAGGUUCUGUGUUGUUUCAUGUUAUCAAGAAGCAAGAAGCUGAACCAGAGGAGGUCUCGUGGGCCUUUGGCCCUGAGUCAAACUACAGUGUCUUGCUGCGAGUCCACCGUGGGGCAGACACUCCAACCUGGGUCAGCCUCCAGGACAGGUACCAGCAGAGGGUCCAUGUGCCCAACAUCUUAUCCCUGAAGAUUGAGAAUCUGACCUGUGAGGACAGUGGACAGUACCGGGCUCGAGUCAGCUUCUCUGGAGGAUUGGAACUUGCCCAGGUUUUCCUCCUCACUGUCUAUGAGCCCGUGCCCUCUCCCCAGAUUCUGAUGGGGUCAACAUCCAUCACACCAGACUGGUGCAAUGUCACCCUGGAGUGCAGAGCCUCUGGGGCCAGAGAAGAUCUGAAUGUGACCUGGGAGAACAAGGGCCUCCCCAAAGAAUGGGAGCAGAGAAGGACAUUAGAACCAGCCUGCAACUCAUACAUCCUGGCUGUGAGCUUGCCUAGAGGCCAGCCCAAUGCCAGCCUCAUCUGUGUGGUCAGCAACCCGGUGGGAUAUAAAACUGCCUCCUUCGACCUUGGGGGAGUCUGCGUCCAUGAGCCCUACAAUGAUGUAGCCAUCCUGCCUUCAGGAAUCGACUCCCUCGGGGUGGCUGUGGCCAACCCUACACUGACUGGUGCAAGAUCACAAGAUGAUGAUGAUGAUAGCGUCCAGUAUGUAGAGCUGAGCCAGCAGGAAUCUCAAGUGAGCUCAAACAAGGUUACCAGAGAACAUCAUCUGAAAGAAAGGGUACCUCUCACUACUAUCUACAGUGAAGUCUGUAAGCCAGUUCAUGCCGUGAAGGUGGAGCAGAAAACUGAGGGACAGAUAGGCUCCAUCUCCUCACGGACUUCUCAGAUUAUUCACAAGAUACCAUCGAGAGGGAUCCCUUCAAACACGUUUCAUUUCAUUACUCCUUAG